AUGAAGGCCAUCACUGUCUUUGCCAUUCUUGCUCUAGCAGCCACAGCUUGGGCUACCUCUCCACCUGCAAUCGGGACACAGGUGGAUUGCUCCAAAUACAUGGGUAAAGGCUCCAGGUUGGCAUGCUCAAGGGAGUUUAAACCAAUAUGUGGCAUAGAUCAGAAAGUUUACAGCAAUGAGUGCAUGUAUUGCAUGCUAAAAGAAGAAAAUGGAAUUCCACUCAGGAAACUUCAUGAUGGGAGAUGUGUUGAAUGCACCCAUUAUUCUGAAGCAUGCACCAUGGAAUACAUCCCUCACUGCGGAUCUGAUGGAGUCGUGUACGCCAACAAAUGUCUGUUUUGCAACAGUGUUGUGAAGAGCCGUGGUCAACUUUAUUUGGCAAACUAUGGAUCAUGCUGA